CGAUAUAAAAACCUCAUGUUCUUAUAGAAAAACAUACCGUUAUCAAUGGGAAGAACGACCAGAUGGAAUCUAUGUGCGCGCAGCGUAUGGAAGAAAAUUUGAAAGGGUUUGUUUUUUCUUUCUCUUUUGUUUUGGAAUCAAAAACGCCAAAUAAAAAACAUGUUUCUAGAUUUUAUAGAAUCCCUACCAUGAACAAUCCCAAAUAAGACGUUUAUUAGAUCUUACACUAGAAUAUAUCUGUCAAAAUGUGAAUAUAUUUGAUUUCGAAGGUUUUCCAGACGAAUUUCUAAUCAAUGAAAUAAUUCAUCGAAUUAAACGACAAAAUAAACUGACCAGUAAAAUUUUAAUAACUUUAUUAACAGACACAAUUGAACAUCUCGAUUUAGAUGGAAUCUAUUUAACAGAGGCUGGUAUUCGAGCUGUGUAUAAAAAAUGUCCAUAUCUAAAAGUACUUUGUUUAAAAAAUUGUGGCUACGUAUUGAACGAUCAUUAUUUAGAACAAAUUAUUCGUAAGUGUAAUAUGCUUGAAGCCAUUGAUUUAUCUUAUUGUCGUCAUUUAACUGAUCGUACUAUAUCAAACAUCAUCAAAUAUCUUCCAAACAUCAUACAAUUAAUAUUAUCGGGAGUCAAAAAUUUUUCUGGUGAUGCUAUUAUACAGCUAGUAUCAAAAUGCUUACAUUUAAAACAGUUAGAUAUCUAUGAUAAUGAUAAUUGUACAAAUGAUGUUUUAAACAUUCUUAUCACACUUGGUAAAACACGUUCGCAGGAAAAAG